CAUUUUACAAUUCUACCGUUUAUUGGUAGAAAAUUUAAGUGCAAGCCGGACAAACUGUAGUUAGCCGGAACACAAAAAUAUCGUGAUUUAUAAAAAUAGUUAUUUAAAUUAAAUAAAACAUAAAUAAAAAGAGUAAAAAUGUCGAAAGCUCACCCCCCAGAAUUGAAAAAGUUCAUGGACAAGAAGUUGUCAAUUAAACUGAACGCUGGUCGCGCAGUGACCGGUGUUCUACGAGGUUUUGAUCCUUUCAUGAAUCUAGUAUUGGAUGAAUCUGUCGAAGAAUGCAAAGAUGGUCAGCGGAACAACAUAGGCAUGGUGGUGAUCCGAGGAAAUAGCAUUGUAAUGUUGGAAUCGUUAGAUAGAAUAUAAAAUAUAGUAAUAAUUUCAUUCCCUAAAUUGUAAGUUAUCUAUCAUACAGUAAAUUGUGGAAAAUGAUACACUGUCACAUGUAUGGAAUACAUUACACCAAAAACUCCACACUAUUAAGUCUUUAAAAAAAUUUUGUUAAUAACACAUUCAAGAAAUCUUGUUUACCUUUCAAAAGAGAUAAUUUAAUUUUUGUUUUUAGAAGAUACUGGGUGGGAAAAAGUGUAUUGGAACUAACACUGUCUUUGUCACGAAAGACCUCUUUGUGUGGAAAUUAAAUUAAUGUAAUAAUUAAGUA